AAGGGGCGGAUUAGUUCACCUCCAUCGUCGUUGAGCAGCAAGAGCCUACUGGAAGUCACUGAACAAGUGUAACGGUCGAGAAACCCGAACAUGUAUGUCGCUGCUGGGUACUUGUGCUGCUCAAAUUCUUACUGCCCAAGUAGCGUUACCGUCAUUGACACGAGCUUGAAGCUCCCGAGGCUCGUUCGCUGUGCUCCGGUGUCAGUUUCUUGCUCGCAGGAGGAUGGCAGGUCGGUGGGCGACGGAGGGGCAGUCAAGACCAGAGGGUCGGGGACGACCGCGAGAGGGCGGAGGCUGCUCAAAGUCCGGGAGGAGAAGCGGAAGCGCGAGUAUGAUCGGCUCCACAACUACCCCGCCUGGGCCAAGGUCCUUGAAGACGCUUGCAAGGAUGAUGCCGAGCUUCGAGCUGUUCUGGGUGAUAGCAUCGGGAACCCCGAGCUUAUGAGGAAAAGAGUUGAGGAAAGAGUUCGAAAGAAGGGUCAGGAUUUCCGCAAAUCAAAAACUGGUUCUGUCCUCGCCUUCAAAGUUAGCUUUAGAAACUUCAGUCCUACCGGUUCAUACGUAUGGUUUGAAUUCUAUGGAUCACCCUCUGAUCGGGAAGUUGAUCUUGUUGGAAGUGUGAUUCAAUCAUGGUAUGUUAUGGGACGCCUUGGUGCUUUUAAUUCCUCUAAUCUGCAGCUGGUGAACAUGUCGGUGGAAUAUGAUCCCCUUUAUGAUGCUGACAAGGGAAUGAAAGUAAUGCCAUCAUCAUUUCAUGAUAUUGGUGAUGUUGAGUUCCAAGACAACUGGGGUCGUUUUUGGGUGGAUUUGGGGACAUCGGACUACUUGGCCAUCGACGUGCUCCUCAACUGCAUGACAGUACUAAGCUCAGAAUACUUGGGCAUUCAGCAGAUUGUCUUUGGUGGUCGACGAAUCGGUGAUUGGGAAGAAGGGAUGACUGACCCCGAAGACGGAUACAAGUCCUUCAAGAUUUGAAGAAUUUAGAUAUGGGAUUACAUUAGCUUUCUUACAUAUUCAUUUUGUUUUUGGCAUUUCUUUUUCUUUUUCCACACUGUAUAUGUACAUUCUUAGGUGUCCAAAAGAACUGAAAUUGGUCUAAGCCAACAGAACAUUAUGAAUCAUAUCCAACAAGAACAGCAGAAACAAUAUCAUAUCAUGUAACAUAGUUUCUGAAAGCAAAAUCAUACAGAAGAUGUUCUUUUU